AUGCUGCCGGGUGUCGGCCAGGCCGAAAACCGGCGUCGACCACAGAAGAAGAAUGUCGAGGAGGGGACGAAUAAGUCGAAGCCCAGCAACGAGGAGAGGAGGAGUCAGGAGGAGAGCAAGGAAGAAAUGCAUAGCACAAUACAAGAUACGCAUGUAACGUGGGUGGAUAAUGAAGGAAAGGGAGAAGAGAAGAAAGAGGAGCGGGGCGACAUCUGGAAGCAAUUUCAACCAAGACCGACGUUUCAUUUGAAGCAAGAAGAUGCUCCUCAAGGCCAUCCCGACACUCUGAACAUGCCGCACGGUGAAGAGCAAAUAGGACCAGCCACCCCUGGAAGAUGUAGCCAAAGUUCGACAUUUCCUAAUUCCUCCUUGAGCGACACAUUGACACUAAACAAUUGUGGCUUUGCAAAGCCCCAGAUCGUCUCUGACAAGGAAAGUUGCGACCAGUGCGCCAUCGUAUUGAGCGUCACCUGCCACGAUCUUCACACAACCUACACCAGGCAUGAGUCGCGGAUCAGGGCGGCACGCCGAGACCGCCUCAUCGGCCUCUUCUACGCUCACUAUGCUUUACUCGUGCGGCUGUGUCUGCCCCAAUCCGACGUCAAGCAGCCGCCUCCGGCCGGUUGGCCUCAGAUCACGGCCCGGAACAUGGCCGGGCUGGGCAAGACGGAUUUCUCCGUCGACGCCCGGCUCCCGUGCGCCCGCCGAGGAGUACUGGGCGAGGAAGCGCGGGGAGAUCGAAGAGUCGAGGACAUCGACGUCCCGGACGACGAUCCCGUGGAGGACUACUAUCUUAAGUCGGGCGAGAUGUACGACGCCGCGGCAAUGGCAGCGCUGGCCGAAGAUGGCGUGAGGAAGUGGAUCUACCACCUGCACCGAAAGUAG